AGACGUCCAUGUCACUUAUCAUAUCAUGGUCGUCAUGGCGUAGCGGUUGUUUCGUUUCGUCGUGAGCAUAUUGGGUGUGUUUUAUUCGGAAAAAAGUUUUCGAGGAUUGUUGCAACAAUCAAUCGCUGUUUGCAUUUUAAAUCGAUUUUGUAUUUCAAAACUCUAAGAAUUCGCACAGAUGUAAUGCCUGCAUAACUGUGUCGUCCCUGGUUCUUAUAGAGGACUGAGGGAACGGGUACCAGUCAGCGAAUGAACAAUCAUAUUGUGGCCGUGGUGCAUUACCGUAUAAACAACGAAGAGGAAAUAUAUUGUGUUGCACGGUCGUACGAUUCUUUGUUGUUUUGGUUGGCUCGUGAGUUAUUUUGAUAUCAUCAUGUGGCAAAGCGCAAACACGGGGAUCGAGUCCAGCAUGAAUAAAUGCCGCGCGUGCAUGAAGGAAGGUGGCAAGAUGUUGCCUAUGUACGAUGAUAAUAUCAUCAAUCAGAUUAAUCUGCCGUACAAACUCGCGCAGCUCGCAUCCAUCCAGAUUGAUAGAUUUGAUGGAUUACCCAACAUGCUUUGCCCAAAGUGUGCUUACCGAACUAAUGUUUUAUAUAACUUCAGAUUAGAAGUGCAAGAAUCGGACAAGAAGCUUAGAAAGAUACAUGAAACUCAAAUGUGCAAGAAAGAAGAGUUAAAUGAACAAAACAAAGAUAACAGUAUACAAAUGGAGGAAUCUUUAGAAUUAAAUAUAUCAAGUGACAGAAAGUUUACACAUACUUCUGAUUUUGAGCAUAUAAACAUUAAAACAGAUGAAGGGCUCAAGGAAGAAGAAUACAAAAUUGAUGUAUCACAGAUAGUUGAAAAUAGUGAGGAUGACAAGAAAAGUUCACAAUUGAAUGAACUUUUUUAUAAUAUUAUACAAGAAACUAAUGAGGAUGUCCAUUUGGUAAAAACCAAUAUACCUGAAGAAAUUUCGAAAAUGUUUGCAUCACAAAAUGUCACAAUCAUGUAUGUACCAAAAUCUGCAAUUGAGUCGAUAUCAGAGACCACAUUAAUAGUCGAUCAGGAAGAAAACGAAAUCGAAACUAGCAAUGAUAUAUUUAUCUCUGAAGUGGAAAAUUUGAGUGGACAAGAAAAUUAUGAAGAAGUCUCGAGUAAUGUAUACAUUUCCAAUUCUGUAAAAUCUAAUGCGACUAGAAAGGAAAAAUGCACAUAUUGGGAACAAGAUACAGCAAUAAUAAAUGUUGAUGAACAGAAACAAUACGACACAAUACAAAAUGAAGAUACAGAAACAAAACUUAAUGAGAGCGGUUCUAAUAUUGAACAAUCCAUAAGAAUAGAGGACAGCGAUGGAUCCGAUUCUGACUACUUUGUCGAUGGUAAAGACAAUGUAUUAGGAAGUGUGAGCGAUGCGAUUAUACGAAUAAAGGAAGUUCAGCGAGAAAAUGGGAUCGAAUAUCAAUGCACGUUGUGUCUGCAAAACUACGAUCAAUUGACAAGUGUAUUGCUACAUACCGUCGAUAAUCAUGUCCCUCUUAGUGGUCCGUUCUUUUGCAUGGUAUGCGACAAAGACUUCAAAAGCUGUCGAAAACUGCGAGCGCAUGUGAAAACACACACUGGUGAUUUUCCAUAUUCCUGUUUCCUUUGUAAAAAGGCGUAUAAUAGAAGAAGGUAUCUGAAAAGGCACAUGGCAUGCCAUUCAAAUUUUUCACGACACCGCUGCUUAAAGUGCGGUUGUCGCUUCAAGUCUAAAUCGGAAUUGGAGACUCAUGCGACGACGCAUAAACAUGACGCGCCCUAUGCUUGCAAUCAGUGUACUCGAGUAUUUAAUCACAAAGGCAAUUAUAAACGGCAUUUAAUCAGUCAUUUGGAUCCUGAAGGCCGUCAUUUACCCAAAUAUCCAUGUAAUUACUGUGGCAAACGCUUUCCUAACAAUCGUACACUGCAAACGCAUAUACGCGUACAUACUGGUGAGAAACCAUUCCAGUGUGACAUUUGUCUCAAGUCAUUUUCACAACGAGGCAAUUUAUUAAAUCACUCAAAGAUACAUACAAAUCCUCGCAGUCAUACGUGCGAAGUCUGUGGUAAAAGCUUUAAUCAGCGUGCUACAUUACGAGAUCAUGGAUUAUUGCAUACAGGUGAAAAGCCCCAUGUAUGUACAGUAUGUGGAAAAGCUUUUACGGUUAGCGCGGCAUUGAGGCGGCAUAUGUUCAAUCACGUUGAUGGCAAACCGUUUAAUUGUGCGAAUUGUGGCAUGGGAUUCGUCGGCAAAUACGACUUACGACGACAUAUGCGAGUACAUGAGAACCGACCAAGGGAAAAGCGGAGAAAAACUACAAAAACACCCAAUUUAGUUCAACAGAAAUCAGACAAAAGUCAUGUCGUAUUAGAAGAACCAGUUCUUGAGACUGUGUUCAUAGCAGUAGCGAAAGAAGAAGAAGAAGAAGAAGAAGAAGAAGAAGAAGAGCAUUUAUCACAAAACAUUACACAAACAACGUCUCAAGUCGAAUCAGAAAAAGAAAAUGAAAAUGCAUUGUUCAAUCUUCAAUCUUAUAAUUCGGUUUUAUAUAAUACAGCUGAUAGUAAAUCAUAGAUGGUAUAAUAGUGAUUACUAUUUUGUUAGUAAGCGCAUUUUUGUUUUAUUCAUAUAAUCACAAAUACAGUCGCAGUCACUCUUCAAUUUAUCGAUUAUGUGUAAAUGUGAUAAUGCAGCAAUAGAAUUUGUACAGCACUUUAUAAAGGUAUAUAUUUUAUUUCUUUUGAAGCUAACAGGUAAUUAGCUUUUUGCAUAAACAUAUAUUACAAUUAAUAUUUAAAAAUCAGGUAUUUAAUUUUUGAGAUUUUUAAAGUGCUAAAUGUAUAGACAAUUAAAAAUAAUUUAAAUAUAA